CAUAUAUAUAUGUAUAUGUAGUUCAGCUCACUUAUCUUCCCACUUCGCCGCAGCUCCGCCGUCUUCUCCACCGCCGGAAAGCGGCCAUUGUUGUGAAAACGAAGAUGAAUCUUCUCCUUGUACUCUUCCUUUUCCCCGUAGUUCUCUCUCUUAACCAAGAUGGUCUCAUUCUCCAGCAGGUGAAGCUCUCUCUCCACGACCCUGACGCUUCUCUAUCUUCUUGGAAUCCUGACGACGUGUCUCCUUGCCGGUGGUACGGCGUUUCCUGCGGUGGCUCCGGAGACGUUACCUCCGUCGACCUCUCCAGCGCCAACCUCGCCGGACCUUUCCCUUCCGUCAUCUGCCGUCUCUCGAGCCUCUCUUUCCUCUCCUUCUUCAACAACUCCAUAGACUCGACUCUUCCUCUCGAUGUCGGGGCAUGUCGGAGCCUCGAGCAUCUCGAUCUCUCCCAGAAUCUUCUCACCGGUGAGCUUCCGUACACCCUCGCCGACCUCCGUGACUUGAAGUACCUCGAUUUGACCGGAAAUAACUUUUCCGGUGAUAUUCCGGCGAGUUUCAGUCAGUUUCAGAAGCUCGAGGUUCUGUCUCUUGUCUACAAUCUCUUGGACGGGACGAUCCCGCCGUUUCUCGGGAACAUCAGCUCUCUGAAGAUGCUCAACCUGUCGUACAAUCCGUUCAGUCCCGGUAGGAUCCCGCCGGAGCUCGGAAACCUAUCAAAUCUCGAGGUUCUGUGGCUCACAGAGUGUAAUCUGGUCGGCGAGAUCCCCCACUCACUGGGUCGACUCGGUCGACUCGCUGAUUUGGACCUCGCACUGAACAACCUGGAGGGUCCUAUCCCGAGUUCGCUUGGCGGGUUGAUGCGUAUCGUCCAGAUUGAGCUCUACAACAACUCGCUGACCGGGAAAAUCCCGCCGGAGCUGGGGAAUCUGAAGUCGCUGAGACUCCUCGACGCGUCGAUGAAUCGUUUGACUGGCUCAGUACCUGACGAGCUUUGCCGGGUUCCAUUGGAGAGCCUGAAUCUCUACGAGAACGAUCUCGAAGGUGAGCUCCCUUCGAGCAUAGCACUAUCGCCAAACCUUUACGAGCUCAGGAUCUUCGGAAAUCGCCUCAUCGGCGAGUUACCCAGAGACCUCGGCAAAAACUCGCCGUUGAAAUGGCUUGACGUGUCAGAAAAUUGGUUUUCCGGCGAGUUACCGGCGACCCUGUGCGAGAAUGGUGAGUUGGAGGAGUUGCUGAUGAUACGCAACUCGUUUUCCGGCCAAAUACCGGAGAGUCUUGGCAAUUGCCGGAGCUUGACCCGGGUCCGGUUGGGACACAACCGGUUCUCGGGUCCAGUCCCUGUCGGAUUCUGGGGAUUGCCCCAUGUUUACUUGCUCGAGCUCAUCAACAACUCCUUCUCCGGAGAAAUCUCGAAGUCUGUGGCAGGUGCAUCUAAUAUCUCUCUGUUGAUCAUAUCGAACAAUGAGUUCAAUGGCUCGUUUCCUGAGGAAAUCGGGUUCUUGGGCAAUCUUAAUCAAUUGUCGGCGGCCAGCAACAAGUUCAGUGGCUCGUUGCCUAGUUCCAUGGUGGAACUUGAAGAAUUGAGUAUUCUUGAUCUUCAUGGAAACCAGUUUUCAGGGGAGUUGCCGCUUGGAAUCAAGUCCUGGAAGAUGUUGAACGAGUUGAACUUAGCCAGUAACCAGUUUUCUGGCAGAAUCUCUGAUGAGAUUGGGAAUUUGUCUGUCUUGAACUAUCUUGAUCUCUCUGAUAAUCGGUUUUCUGGUGAAAUCCCACUCUCUUUGCAGAGUUUGAAGCUAAACCAGUUGAAUUUGUCCAAUAAUCGGUUAUCGGGAGAGAUUCCUCCAUUCUUGGCAAAAGAAAUGUACAAGAACAGCUUCCAGGGAAAUCCUGAUUUGUGUGGCGACUUGGAUGGAUUGUGUGGCCGCAAGAGUGAAGCUAAGAACAAAGGCUAUCUAUGGCUUCUUAGGUCGAUUUUCAUAUUUGCAGCGUUUCUGUUCCUUGUCGGUGUUGUCUGGUUCUACUUAAAGUACAGAAAUUUCAAGAAAGCAAGAGCCGUGGAGAAAUCCAAGUGGACGAUAAUGUCGUUCCACAAACUGGGUUUCAACGAAAACGAAAUUCUUGAAAGCUUAGACGAAGAUAAUGUGAUCGGAACUGGAUCUUCUGGUAAAGUGUACAAGGUUGUUCUUACCAGUGGCGAGGAAGUUGCGGUCAAGAGACUAUGGACAGGAACCAUAAAGGUGACAGGAAACUGUGAUGCAGAGAAAGGACAACAACCUCGGCUCCAAGAUGAAGCUUUCGAAGCAGAGAUUGAGACAUUGGGUAAGAUCAGACAUAAGAACAUUGUAAAACUCUGGUGUUGCUGCAUCACUAGAGAUUGCAAGCUCUUGGUUUACGAGUACAUGUCCAAUGGUAGCUUAGGGGAUUUGCUGCAUAGCGGUAAAGGAGGAUUAAUGGGUUGGGAGACAAGGUACAAGGUUAUCUUGGACGCAGCCGAAGGGCUGUCUUAUCUUCACCAUGAUUGUGUUCCUCCGAUCGUUCAUAGAGAUGUUAAGUCCAACAACAUUUUGAUCGAUGGAGAUUACAGUGCAAGAGUUGCUGAUUUCGGAGUGGCUAAAGUCGUUGACUUGGCUGGCAAGGCACCUAAGUCCAUGUCCGUUAUCGCUGGUUCCUGCGGUUAUAUCGCACCAGAAUACGCAUACACACUUCGGGUGAACGAGAAGAGCGACAUAUACAGUUUCGGGGUCGUGAUCUUAGAGAUAAUAACUAGGAAACGACCGGUGGAUCCUGAGCUAGGGGGGAAGGAUCUGGUCAAGUGGGUCUGCAGCAAACUGGAGGAAAAGGGCGUGGAUCAAGUCAUAGACCCGAAACUCGAAACCUGUUUCAAGGAACAGAUUGGCAAAGUCCUAAGCAUAGGACUCCUCUGCACGAGCCCUUUGCCCAUCAACCGCCCCUCGAUGAGAAGGGUCGUGAAGAUGUUGCUAGAGGUAAAUGGCCAAAACCAUCUCAAGGACGGGAAAUUUACUCCUUACUACUGCGAAGAAGACGCCUCAGAUCAGGCAAAUGUGGUCUGAAACUGAAAGUGAGAACCACUCUCUUUCUAAACCUUUCUCUCUCUCUCUAUAAUAUAUAUAUACAUAUACAUAUAUGAAAUCGACUGAAACAAAGCUCUCCAAUUUUUUUUGGCUCUUAAAGUUUGUGACUUUUGGGCAAAAUUAUGGUGAUGCCCCACUUGGGGUUUUUGCUCUGUUGCUUCAGGAGAAUAGUGUGUAAAGUUUUUGCCUUUGAAAUACCGACGUUUUGCUGCA